AUGGCGAAUACUUGUAGAAUCAGCUUCAUCUGCGUCAUGAUCCUCUUGCUCUUCACCAAUCAGUCUGCUCUUUCUUAUUCUGCACGCCUGCGUCUUAUAGACGGUCGCAAUCUUGUUCACGAGAAGCAACACCAUCUCUCGACAUUGGAGGAGAUUGAGAAAUCUGAUAGGGCACGUCUCGAUUUCUUGUUUCGCAUGAUUGAUGAGGCCGAGACCAAUCAGAUUGUGAUUGACUCUCUCCCGCUUCCCUGUUUGCGUGAUCAAGGCUCAAGUUAUUAA